CACCGGGAAAAGAACGUAGCUUCCAGGGGCUACGCUGAAGAUGGCGUCGCAGCGACGCGAUGAUGUCAUAAAGAUGGCGGACGCCGGAGAUACCUUUGCGGAUUCUGGAUGUGCUUAGCAAUCGCAAGCCACAAGACUUUCCCCCAGGGAUUCCUAGUCUUCAGGCGAGGAUAUCCUUUUUCAUCUGUUUUUCGAAAUCACUGCGGCCUAGCUAGUGCCCGUGACCACGGACGGAGGCAGUGUCGCGGGUUGAUUACGUUAUUACACCCGAAGGCUGCCGGCGUCGAGUCGGUUUCUAACGAGAAUUUUUAAAAAACGAUUGACCCUAAGAAAAGGGAGGAGCCGCGAACCCCUCCAACUACCUGAGGCAAGUAAGUUUUGUCCGGCAAAGUUCUCGGUCCAAGCGACCCGCGACCAACCCCCAACGGUCCCUCUCACGGCGCCGCGACCCUGCGAGUGCGCAAGCUCCUGUCAAACGCGGUGACGGAGGCCGAAGAGAAAAAAAGGCGGGAGCCACCAAUCCCAGGUGGAGCAAAAUGGCGCGGGAGAACGAGAUGCAGGAGUUCAUCCGUAGCUUCUUCCGAGGCCGCCCGGACCUCAGCACGCUCACGCACUCCAUCGUGCGGCGGAGGUUCUUGGCUCACGCGGGCCGCGACCACCUGGAACCCGACGAGAAGCAGGCGCUGAAGCGACUGGUGGAGAAGGAGCUGCUGAAGGUGCAGGUGGAUGAAGCAGGUGCCAGGGAAGAGAGGCUAGAUCUUGCCAAGAAGGCAAAGGGGCCUCCCACUCCCAGCAGUGGCCCCGUGAGGAAAAGGUUCCGUUUCAAUUCGGAGUCAGAGCCCAGCUCUGCAGCCUCCAGUCCAGACUGCUUUGGCCCCCAAGCAAAGAAUGGGAUGGCGGCGGUAGAAGUCAGUCCAGCUGAGGGGGAGAGUCCAAAGCAAGCCUCAGAGAAAGCAGUUGAGGAGAGCAGUGAUGAGGAAGAACAGCAGAGGGGCCUGACUGCAAAGACUGGAUUAGAGAAGCUGGCGGCCAAGGAGAGCAGUGAGGAAGAGGAAGAGUGCUCGGCCAGAACAAGUGAGGUCUCAAAGGAAGAGAGCAGUGAGGAAGAUGAGGAAGAGGAGGAGGAGUCUAAAGGCAGGAUUAGGAAGGAACCUGUGACAAGGAAUAAGCAGGCACCAGGCAAAACCUCAGCCAGUAAGAAGCAGGCUAGGGAGGAGAGUGAGGACAGUGAAGAGGAACCUAUCCAGAGGACAAGAAAGAAGGCAGUGGGAAAGAAAGGAGCUAAAAGCCACCAGGAAAGUGAAAAGGACAGUGAGGAGGACACCCUAGCCAAAAAGAAAGACAACAGAGAGGAAGAGGAGGAGAAUUGGAAAGCUGGAGCCCGGGGCAAUGGAGGGAAAAAGUCAGCUUGGGAGGAGAGGAGCUGUAAGCAGAAAAGCAGGGCAGCAAGACUGCUGGGAGAGUCAGGGGACAGAGAGGAAGAAAAGGAAAAAGCAGGCAGUGGGGAUAAGAGCGGGGGAGACGAAGAGCCCCUGGUGCAGAGGAAGAGAAAGGACAGGACCCCAUGGAAGGGUGAGAAAAGGCAGAGUGGAAGCAGCGAGGAUGGGGAAGACAGCUGGAGAAAGGUGAAACCAACUACUGAAGGCACUGGAAAGACAGCCAAAGUGGGCAGUAUCAGUGGUGAGGCGAGCGACUCAGAGAGGGAGGUGAGUGACCGUGAGGCAGGGGGUAGCCCUAAGACGGAGAAGGAGAACCACUCUUUCCAGAAGAGCUCCAGGAAAGGCAGGACGCGAAGCUCCUCCUCCUCGUCCACAGAUGGCAGUCCGGAACCUAAAGGCAGGAAGGCUGGCUCUGGUCGCCGCGGUGAGGACCACCCAGCUGUCAUGAGGCUAAAGCGUUACAUUCGGGCCUGUGGUGCCCAUCGCAACUACAAGAAGCUGCUGGGCCCCUGCCGCUCACACAAGGAGCGCCUCAGUGUCCUCCGGGCAGAGCUGGAAGCCCUGGGCAUGAAGGGUAACCCUUCCUUAGAGAAGUGCCGGGCCCUGAAGGAGCAGCGGGAGGAGGCGGCCGAGGUGGCCUCCUUGGACCUUACCAACAUCAUCAGUGGUUCAGGCCGGCCACGCAGACGCACAGCUUGGAACCCUUCAGGAGAAGCAGAUGCCCCAGGGGAGCUAUACCGCCGGACUUUGGGCUCAGAGGAUGAGCAGCCCCGUGCCCCACCCCCAGACUGGUCACAUAUGCGCGGCAUCAUCAGCAGUGAUGGAGAGAGUAACUGAGCUCCUCCCCUUUCCCAGGAGGCUUUCCACUUGGAGAAAGCAGAUCAGCACCCACAGCCCCCAUCCCAGUCGGUGCCUGCAGAGCUUCAGAAGCAGCUUUCUUCAGAGAAGACUUUGCACCCCCAGGGACACAAGUUGUUGGGAUCCUAUUUCUCAUGUUCUCAGUUUAAGGUGUUUACAGGGGUCUAUUGUUUAAGACUCAAUAAAGGACUUGUUUGAAUCA